UAAAAUAAUUGUUAUAAUACUUAUAUAAUGUUUCGAGGUGAUAAUUCUCACUCUUUAAGCUAUGAACAACAGGCAAAAUUUAUUCAAGACCGAAUCACUAACGUAGAAAAAAACUUUGGGGAAUUAUGCGUUGCAUUUGGUGAUUAUGCCAGAAGAACCGCAAGAUUACGAGAUCAAGGAGACGAGCUUGCUAAGGUUCUCAAAGAUUACGCUAACAAUGAAAUAGUCAAUAAGUCAUUAAGUGCUGGUCUAGAAAACCUAUCAAUAACGCUGACCGCCAUAGAAGAAUAUAGGAAUUGCGAAGUUCAACGUUUAGAAGCCAAGGUCAUUGGAGAGCUGUGUCAGUACGAGGCGAUAUGCAAGCACGCGAGAGAGGAGGUGAAACACACCAUGAACGUGAGAGAGAAAGAACUGGCCAGGAAGAAGGUUCUGGACAAAACCAGGGAGCGGCAGCCCUUUAACAGGCAGCAAGUGACAUACGCGGAAUCGGAGCUCCUAAAAGCGUCAGCGGAGAUGUCGCGCACAGCCAAGGGACUCAGCGAGCAGACGGAGUUCUUCGAGCGCCGCAAGCUGCAGCAGCUAAAAGCGCUGCUGAGCGACUUCAUGCUCAUCGAGCUCAACUUCCACGCCAAGGCGCUGGAGCUGCUGACCGUGGCGCACCAGCAGGUCGCCGACAUCAACGACAAGGCGGACCUCGAUAACUUCAGAAGAAAACUCCGGUCUCCGGAGAAGCAAGUAAGCACCGGAGUGUCGGCGCGAUCUUCGUCGCUCGCGUCUCUGCUGCAGCCCUCGCCUGCUCGGGACGACGACCCCGCGAAUUUGCGGAGACUACGUACUCCGGAGAAGCACGGGGCAUCCACACUACCCCGGUCGUCUUCCCUGGCAGCUCUCAUGAGCUCUAAGCACGAAGAGGAAACUACGGAUUCUGAGGAAUCUGAAGAAGGGAGCUCGUCGGAAGAAACCGAGUCGCGUUAGUUUGUCUAAGUCCAAGAAAUAUCUACCUACCUACUUACUUUUAACUAUGAAAACUUCUUAUCAUAUAUGUAUACCUACAUUUAAACAACAGAUAUUUUAUACAUAGGUAGGUAUAGCAAUAGGAUAUUGUCGUCAAGUAUAGCCGUAGUAAAUAAUAUAAUAUCCUAAUUAAGAAAGUAAUAAACAUUUUUAUGUUAGGUUUUUUUUUCUUUUAUGACCUCUAUGCCCUAGUAUCCGAAAUCAAUUAAAUUUAGCACACUUUCUUACACAUUGUUAGCUUAUUCAAAUGAAGGCACAUCACAGGUAGUGCGUAACUAUGUACCAGCGUUAUCUUCACAAGCAUAAUCUAAUAUCAGUAAAAUUGUAUUGCUACUGAGUUUUUUUUUUUAUUAUUAUAAAUGGGCUUACUCUUGACCACAGACUAGCCAAAGGCAAAGACGUGGCCUACGUGAGUUCAACAAAGUUACGAAAAGUCUUCUAAACAUUUGGCUGUUCAAGCAACAAAGUAGGUAUUAAAGCAUUCCAACUAUUCCAAGCUUUAAAAAAAUGCCUUGUGAUAAAAAUAAAAGUCAGUUAUUUUUCUCUUAACAAAAUCUAACUAACCAGUUCCACUCAAAAGCACACAUUUCAGUUGCGUUAUCAAAAUUUAUCCGUUUUUACGAGAUGACGUUUUAGUAGCAUAGUUACCUACUACUUAGGUACCUACCUACUAUAGGUAAUACUAAUAUGUUCUAAAGCAACUAAAGAACGGAAUGUGUUAACACUUGUUCAAUGAUACAUAUUAUAAAGUCGAAAUGUGUACAAUUUUACAACUGAAUAAAUAUCAAAAUUGCAUAAAAUAUUGUCAUUACUAUUUUAAUCUAUUCUGCUUGGACAGUAAGUUCGAAAUUUAACUUGAUUGUUCUGAAACAUCACAAUACUUAACUAGCUUUGGCCAGACACCUUUGUACCUAGUCUGGCUAUGCCUCAGUUAUUUAGUGGAUAUAACAAGUUAUGAUAGAAUUAAAAUUUUGUUAUCAGUCAGAAUGCUUAUCCUAUACAUGUUAUAUAGUUUUGCCUUGUUCCUAUAAUUCUUUGCAUGUCCAACAGACAUAGGUACCAUGUUGUAUUGAUUCGAGUCAUCUUGUGCCACUCAGUACCUAGCACUGUGAUAAUCAAUAUGCACCCUCCAAAGUUCCUAC